AUGAAAAAAUGGCCCCUAGAAGGUGAAUGUGCAAGAGUGCGAGACAUUGUUGAAAACUCAGGUUUGUAUGUUGCCGUUCAAAACUCCGUGAUUGCAUAUGACAAGGCUGCAGUAUCAUGUUUUACUGAGAGGUUUUAUGGCGAAGUCGAUGCUUUCCAAUUCCCUUUUGGCGAGAUGGCAUUGAUACCCGAAGACGCAGAAAAGAUUCUAGGAUUGCAGGUUGAGGGGAAAUCUACGGGUGACAAGUUCAAGAAAAACCUAGAUUGGAAAAAAAUAUAUGAAUUGACGGAGAAGUUGUUUGGAUGGGAUGAAAAGAUGACGUAUGGUCUUUUUGUGAAGGGAAAGAAGUACCCAAAGAAAGAGUUUAAACUUAAGGAAAUUAGGAAGAUGUAUGCGGGGUCACUUGAGAAAGACGGAGACAAUGAACUACUCUCUGAGAAGGAAGUUCAUGCAACGGCAGCCGCAUACUUGUUGUAUGUCCUUGCUUCGGUUAUAUUUCCCGAUAGCAAAGGAAACAGAGUCAGCGUCAACCUUCUCCAACUUUUGGAUCCCUUGGAGGAGGUGAGUAAGUAUUCGUGGGAGACUGCCAUAGUAGCACAUUUGAACGCUCAGCUGGCAAAGGCUUCCCGGGAGCGAACUUCUCAAAUGAACGGGAAUUUGGCUUUACUUCAGCAUUUCCUCUCAUUGAUCAAAGAUGAUGGAGACAUCCAAUUGGAGCCAACAUGGAACAACACUAAACCAAGAGGAACUCGAUACAAGUACACUGGAAGUCAGGACAAAGAGGAAACUCAGAAUUUGAAGUUGUUAGCCAUGCGCCAAAAAUUGGACAACAUGACAGGAAAAGAGGUAAACUUUGAUCCCCAAAAGGAAGAUAGAGUAGGAGGACUCCUAGAUCUUGCAUAUUACCAUGGCCCUCUGGUUUACCCUUAUGGAUAA